ACCGGUUUUUUGGCAAUGAGGUCUCUACUGGGUGGUGGAGGAGGGCGUGUCCGAGGUGGGAGGGGAAGGGGCGGACUAAGUGUGCUGCUCCUGCAUCUGGUGUUUUGUCUCCUCCUCUUGGUUGGAGCUGCUCUAGGAGAUCCAAGAGCAGCUGCUUCUCCAGACUCCCCUCAUCAAUCAAUCCAGGACCCUGAAAAUCCUGAUUUCUCCGGAGUUGUGGAUUUCAGCAAUGCAGUCCCGGGCCCAGAUGGUUCAUGGUGUAUUACAAAGAUAAAGUAUGUUGAUCAUAUGGAAAAUGAUGAAGUAAAAGAAUGCUGGCAUCAAAAUGUAACCCAAUGCCAUGACACAUACAUAACAGAAUUUCUGCCGAGCCAAGAACAGAAGUGCGAAGAAACAUUUUGGAAAUCUUGUAAAAUAGAUUUUAAAGAGAUGCCAUUUAAUUAUACAUUGAAGCAGUGCCACACACCACUUGUUAAGAAAUGCGACGACUAUGCUAAACCUGCGGAGUACGGCGCUCCUGCUAAAACAGUUUGCAGGACCUGGUUUGAAUCUGAAUGUAACACAACCUAUGUGGACAGCCCUAGUGGGGACCUGAAACCCAAUACUUGGUGUCAAAAGAAACCAAGAAAAAUUUGUGCACCAGACAACUGUAAUAUGAUCCAGGGUCCUGAGGAUUGUAGGGAUAAAGUAAUGAUCUCUACAAUACAGAAACCUGAAGAACAUUGUACCCUUCAACCUCAGAGACAUUGCAGACUUAUCACCAAACUGGUUCCUCAUCUGACUACCAAGGAGGUGUGCAAAGAAAUCCCUAAAGAAAUCUGUGUCAUGAAACUUGUAAAUCCUCACCCUGUUCAGAAACCAAUCCAGCUGAAGUGGUGCACCAAGAAACCGCCCCAGGAUAAACUACCUUCAUAUGCUCCCCCCACCAGUUAUCUGCCCUCCGCCAGUAGUUAUAAUCCCUCUCCGCCUCAGUAUACGCCCUCUUACACUCAGUCCCAGGAUCUGCCGUCCUACUUGAAGCGUGAGGACCAGGACGUGUACCAGGACCAAGACCAGUACCAGGACCAGCUCGUUUUUGUUGAGGACAAUGAUUUUGACAACAAUGUUCUAUCCGACUAUGCUCAGAUCCCCCUUCCUCAAGGACCCCCUUCUUUCCGUGGAAUCAGACAGGAUGUUGUAGAAGUUGAAACUCCUCGGUUUACCAGGCAAACCAAGCAGCCUCUGGCCUUUCCUCACAUGAAGCCUGGAUUCAACCCAGACCAUGCCAAACCAAACCACCCCACACCAAUCAAAACAUCUGAUCUUAGUGGACAAGGAUCUGAAACUAAGGUUCAGAUUGUGAAACCUCAACCUGGUAGUAAUAUUGCUCUUAGAGUACCUACUUUCCCUGUUACAGCAAGAACAAUCACAACUGAGACUAACCCAACAGUAGAUUCGUCUACAACGUUCUCCACAACAUCUUCAGUAGCAUCUUCAGUAGCAUCCUUAUCCACAUCCUCUUCCACCUCAUUCUCUCCUUCUCCCUCCUCUCCUCUUCCCUCUGCUCCAACUACGUCGUCUUCCUUCAGACCUGCGCAUGUUUUCGAAACCAAUCACAAAACCAUCUCAGAGACAAGCAUAGGAGAGAACUUGGUCCCUGAUCCUAACCUGGAACCUGAGAGAGCUGUCAGAAAACCCCGGCACUUCACUCCAUCCUUCUCCACUUCCUCCAGUCUCAGAAACUAUCCUGGAUCUAUUCUGUAGAGCAUCUUUGGGGUCCAUUCUGCAGAAACUAUCCAGGAUCCAUUCUGCAGAAACUAUCCUGGAUUCAUUCUGUAGAAACUAUCCUGGAUCCAUUUCGUAGAAACUAUCCUGGAUCCAUUCUGUAGAAGCUAUCCUGGAUCCAUUCUUUAGACCACAUAGAAGAUCCAUUCUGCAGAAAUUGUUACGAAUCCAUAUUCUACGAAAAUUAUUCCUGUUCUGCAGAAUCCAUUCAAUAGAGUAUUACAUCGGCUCCAUUUUACAAAAUGUUUUGUCCAUUACCUUCUUUUUAAUUUUUGCUCCACUUUGUAAAAAUAUAUAAAAUAUAUGCUUCAUUUCUAGUAAAAAAGUAUUCUUUCAAAAAAGAAGUUCUUCCAGUUUGUUUAGAAUUUUCUUUUUCAUGUUAACCAACACUUAGCUUAACUAAACCAAUUUUAAUUCGCAUCAAACAAUUAUUAAUCUUUAUUUAAAUUUAGGCCUAAAAGAUUACUCAACAAAAUUGUUCUAGUCCCAACGGGCAUUCUCAACACUUACCAGAGUACUAUUUAGAUUUCACUGUUAAACUUAUUUAUUUAUUUCAAUAUCUUUUCUUUCAGGAAUUUAAUAACCUUAAAUUAUAUUUAUAAUGAUAUUUAUAUUAUUUUGAA